UGCCGUCCCCUCCAGCAGUCUCAGCCUGGAGCCUCGUACAUGCAGCAGACAGCGAGCCGAGCAGUCCUGGGCCACUGACCCACUGCAGCCAUGAUGGAAGUCAAAGCCAUUAAGAUCAGGGUCACCUCCUGCAUCGUCCUGGUCGGGGUGGCACUGAUGCUGGCCGCUGUGAUGAGCGAUCACUGGGCCGUGCUGAACCCCAAAGUGGACGAUUACAGCCAGCCGUGCGAGGUGGCACAUUUCGGGUUGUGGAGGCUGUGUACCAAGAAGAUAUUAAUGGAGGAAACAGACUCUGAAACCCAGGGGUGCGGACCUGUAAGCCUUCCUGGAGAUGUCAGCUGCUCCUACUUCAAACACUUCACCUCCGGAGAGAACGCCGAAAUCUUCGAGGUGACCACUCAGAAAGAAUACAGCAUCUCGGCGGCCGCCAUUGCCAUUAUCGGAGUUGGCUUCAUGACGAUGGGGACGGUGUGCACCCUGCUGUCCUUCAAGCAGAAGCUGGACUACCUGCUCAAACCAGCCGGCCUCUUCUACGUGUUUGCAGGUCUCUGCAUGAUCAUCUCCGCAGAGGUCAUCAGACAAUCUGUGCACCGGAUGAUCGACAGCAAGGACACGGUGUGGAUUGAGUAUUACUACUCGUGGUCGUUCGCCUGCGCCUGUUCCGCCUUCGUGCUGCUAUUUAUCUGCGGAAUUGCCCUUGUUCUGAUCUCUCUGCCCCGGAUGCCCCGGAAUCCAUGGGAAACCUGUAUGGAUGCCGAGCCCGAUAUGUAACACGUGCCGUCCACAGAUACCAUGGACAUAAUGACGGGAGACAAGGGGUUAAAUAACAGGGACCUUGUCGGGUGCCGGCAGCGAAUCCCCAGGACUGCGGCUUCUUAAGUAUUAAAUUCCACGUUUCCAGCCGUUUCAGCUUUUUGCCCCUUAAUUUCCACUGCUCCUGAUUGGAGAGGCGCCCGCGGGUAGCGGCUGCUCAGGAGGGUACAUCUGAGCAUCAUUACAAUAUAUCAGCAAGUUACCCCUGGGGCAGGAGCGUGGUACCCGCAGGGCGCCGGUACCCGUCAAUGCCCCUCUCCUCCGGGAGGCGGAAGCAUCUUAAAAGGCACAGCAUCGAUAUUUUUCCGUUUACAGACACGCGGCCGCGUGUCGCGCUGGACAAGCUUUAAACGCGCCGUGUUUUUACCUACGCAGGGCUAACUGUGACAAUAAAGAGCUUUGUAUCUA